GAAUGAAAUUACUAUUAUUCUUGAGAUGAAAUGUCACAGUCAUUCUUUGAGGGACAUACCUUCUCAUCUGUUCCUGUUUAUUAAUUGUUCAUUUGUUAUCAUUAUACUUUGUCUUUUGCUCUUUCUCCUUUUCCUUCUCCACUCAAUUUUUUCUCUUUCAUUUUCCCAUUUUUAUUUGUUUGUUUGGUUUAUUUAAAUUCUGAGCUUCUAUACAAAUCUUUCUCAGUUCUUCUUGAAAUUAGGGUUCCUCUUUCAUUGACUAAAGAGUUAAGCCUACUCUAUCUACUUUGGAAGCAAUUUUCAAAGGUAAGAAAAAGCCCUUGAAAGAGGAAGAAAGAUACACCUAGAUCGUCAAAGAGCCUAAAGAUCUAAAGGCAGGUAAAAAAAAUUCAAAAAGAAAUGGCUUCCUCAUCAACAAAUACGUACAACUCACCAUGCGCGGCGUGCAAGUUUCUUCGCCGUAAAUGCAUGCCGGGAUGCAUAUUCGCGCCAUAUUUCCCACCGGAGGAGCCACACAAAUUCGCCAAUGUCCACAAAAUCUUCGGAGCAAGCAAUGUCACUAAGCUCCUCAACGAGCUACUCCCUCACCAGCGUGAAGACGCAGUUAACUCCUUAGCCUACGAGGCCGAGGCAAGAGUUCGUGAUCCUGUCUAUGGCUGUGUCGGAGCCAUCUCUUAUCUCCAGAGACAAGUUCAUAAGCUUCAGAAGGAGCUUGACGCGGCUAAUGCUGACUUGGUUCACUACGGUCUGUCCACGUCAGCACCUGGUAACCUCGUCGACUUGGUGUGUCAGCCUCAGCCCCUUCAGCUGCAGCAGUUGAAUCCAGUUUAUAGGCUUUCCGGGGCGAGUCCGGUGAUGACUCAGCAGCCACGUGGUACCGGAGGGUCGUAUGGGACUUUUCUACCUUGGAACAUUGGUCAUGAUCAGCAAGGAGAUACGUAAUGAAAAUGUGAGGAAAAUGACUUUGGAAAUAGUCGUGGGGAAAACAAUAGGAAGAAAUCGAGAAUCGAUCACACCCAUCAAUCAAUCGAUGUCUUUAAAUACGUGAAAAGGAAGCAAACUCUGAGUUUCUGCCUCUCAGCUAAACUACAAAAGCCAAAAGACAUUUUCAUUUACAGUGUACAUUGCGGGUCCUUUGCUACUUCGUACACGCUUACACCUAUAAAUCAGCAAACUAAAGUUGUAGUUUCAGUUAGAGUCAAUAUUCAAAGCUUGGGGAUUAAAUUCCUUAAUCAAAACUCUAAAAUUAUUUUAAAUAUCAAAAGAUAUAUGAGUCUCCAUAUUGUUAUGUGUAAUAUUUGUUCUUUGGAUAAUAUAUGAUCUCUAGUAUUCCCAUCA